GCAUGUCAUUCGCGAGUGGUGGCUCGUGGAAUCCGGUCGCUGCAUAUGCGAGUGUCGCUGUGGCUGCUGGUACAGUUGGCUACUUACUCGGAUCCCGACAAAGACUCUCACAAGUCAAAAUCGAUCAUUCGUCAAAAUCACAAUGUGACGUUCUGGAGGACGAAAAUGAGUCAGCUAGUGUGAGCGAUGAUGAUAUUGGGGAUGAAGAUCUCGCUGCCGUCAAGCCCGGAAUCAUGGAGGAAUGCAAAUUAGUUUUGGUGGUUCGGUCGGACCUCGGAAUGACGAAGGGCAAGAUCGCAGCUCAAUGCUCACAUGCGACAUUGGCCUGCUACAAGGCUCUUUCUAAAAGCAAUGCACAACUCCUGCGUCACUGGGAGAAAACGGGGCAAGCUAAAAUUGCACUUAGGUGUGACUCUGAGGAAGAAUUACUUUUGCUACAGGCUCAAGCCCAGAGUCUGAGCCUUUGCGCACGAACCAUUCAGGAUGCGGGACGAACCCAGAUAGCGUCUGGUUCUCGUACAGUUCUUGGUAUCGGUCCCGCGCCUGUUAGAUUAGUAAAUCAGGUGACGGGCAGGCUGAAGCUCCUAUAGAUAUCCC